UUCUUAAAGUCACCUGAUGUGAAAUAUAAUUUUUAAACCGAUUAAAUUAAGAAAAUCUAUCGUGAUACAGUUAUGUAAAAUUAUUGAGCCAUUAUCAUUAUUAAGACAACAAACACUAAGAAAUUUACUUACCAGAAACAUCCAAAAUAUGGGCAAAGGAAACAGUAAUAAGUGUAAAAGAGAAGAUACAUUACUACUAUUUAAGAAAUCCAAUACCACUCUAUUUACACAUUCUAGGACAUGCUCUGGUGUAUCACAACUUUAUGCUAAAAGUGCUAUUCUGCAAAUAAAGCAAAACCUAUUUCAAGCUAAAGAAUAUUAUAUUCAUAAUGACAAACUUAAAAGAGAUUUAAGUUUGGAAACAGAUAUUUGUAUUUUAAGGAGAUACUAUAGAAGUAAAAGGUAUAAAUCAAGUCACAAAUCUUUAUCGGUGAAAUCGAAAUAUUCAGCAGUUGAUACAGAGUUUGGUACAAUUGAAGAAUUCGAACCAGAUGUUAGCGCAAGUGGUGACAACAGUAAAAAAGCCUCCGUGGUAAUGAUGCCCAACUUAACUAACAUCAAUAUUACUUCACUUAUGAUGAGGAACCUUAAAGUUCUUUUAAAUAAUUGGAUCAAGUCUCAUCUAUUAGAAGAUAAAGAAAUGAAACAGAAAUUUGAUAAUAUUUUAAACUGUAUAUUACAGAAACUCGAAAAAAAGAGAACAAAGAGGCUUUCGUCUUGUAUGACGUAUGUUAUGGACAACGACAAAAACAUAUCCAAUAAUAAAAAGUGCUCCGCUAUUGCCAAUCCAUAUUACAAACAGAAAGACACAAUCUCUAUAUUCAGUGGUUCAUCUCAAACAGAAGCUAGCAUAAAAAAAUCUUACAACACAAUUCCGUUUCCUUAUAAACACGUCAAUAUAAUUUCAACAUUAAGCAUUCCUAGAAAUUUUACUGUGCGGAAAACUAACUUCACUAAAACGAAUAAAAGCAAAUGUAAAAUAAAAAAAAAUAGUCACAAUCAUCAAUCAAUAAUCCUUAAAACAUCUAAAAAUAAAAUGCAUAAAUUGUUUGUUACUGCAUCUAGUUUUAAUUUACUAACAGCAUCUUCAAAACCAAAUCUUCAAUGCGGUACAUUUAGUAAAGAAAAUAAUGAAAGUAAAUUUAACAAAAAAGGACAAAUAGUAUUUUUUCCGAAGCUAGUCCAUAAAAGCGAUGCAUCAGAUUCGACCAUACUAACAGAAGUACAUAAAAAUAGUUUGAAUAAAUAUAAAAUACAGGAUAUUGGAUAUUUAGAUGUUACGCCAAACCUUAUUAGAAGUAUUUAUGCUCAUAAUCUCAUGAAAAUUACUAAUAAUAACUAUAAAAACAAACAUAAUAAUUAUACUAUGACUGAUGCAAAAUUAUCCUACAGAGUAUCACAAACUAAAUUAAACAAGUGCAUGUCAAAUAUACAGUUUUACGAAACUGAUAUUACUUGUACUAAAAGAAAUGUUAGUACAAUGAAAAUUCCAAAUAAACAAAGGGAUCCCAUGACUAUGGAUUCCAUAAAACAAAGUGUAGAGUUGCCAAAAACUAACAUACGUAGACAUAAUCAAAUUUACAAAAGAACUAUUAAAGAUUGUCAGCAUAUAAAAAAUAAUCAUCUAUUGAAAAAGAAACGAAGAAUAUAUAAACGAAAAAAACUACUACGUAAACUUUAUAAUAUUAGUCAAUAUACAAACAUUAAAAAAUCCGAUAAUGAUUUAACAAAAAAGAAGAAUUUAAUAGGAGAGUUAGAUAAUAUAUUUAAAUAUUUUUCCAAGAUUAAUAAUGACAAGAAUAUAAAAUUAGACAUACAUAUCAAUGUUUUUCCUGUAUGUGAAAAUGAACCAGCGACUGAUAUUAAUACUCAUGAUGGAGAUAAUGCAAAUAAAAUUAGUUUAAAUAAAAUCUCUGAUAUCGAAACCAUGCUAUACAAUACAUCUUUAGAAAAACACAAUUCAAGCAAAGAAAAUAUUUCUAUUUCUUUUGAACGAUAUGCAAAUAUUAUUCCUAUUCUCGAUGGAUCUAUGAGUCAAUCUAAAUAUAUAUUUCCAAGUAACAACUCAAGAACUAAAUCUCUAUAUGGAAUUAAAAAUGAUUGCAAUUUUUUAGACCGUAGUACUACAACCAAUGAUUUAGUCACAUCUCGAGAAAUAAUUGAACUCAAAGAAGUCGUAAAAAAUUUGGUGGCUACAACUGAAAAAUUAGUCAUUGAUCAUUUAAAGAAGCAAAAUAGUCAGAAAUUACCUUUAACGUCUGACAUAAUGACAAAUAAUAAAAUAACAAAUAAUAUAAAACAUAUAUCUUCAAAUGAGAAAACGCAGUCAAAGGAAAUUAAAAAAUCAAAAAGUAUAAGAAAAUCACAGCUUUCUGGUUUAAAAUUAUCAAAAGAACCUAAAAAAACUGUAGAGUUCACUAGCAGAUUAGCAAAACGAAGCACUUCUUAUCACAUUAUAGAUAGUGAAUCUAUAUUAAAAGUAACUGAUAUGACUUCUGCUAUCAUAGAUUUUAAAACAGGAAAGGAAAAUCAAAUAUUACAGUGUUCUCUGCCAAAAUCUAAAUCUCUUCUCGAUAUAACCAGUUCAAUCCGUAAAAAACCACAACAAGCAUUUUUCUGCAAUCGAUGUUAUAAAAAGAAUGAAUACAUUCGUAAUAGCCGUAAUGAUUAUGAAAAAGAAAUACCACCGACUUCAAGAGGAAACUUCUUUCAGAAUAAAUCUUCACAAUCAGGGAACAGUAAACAUUUAAAUGGCCAUACGAGUUUUUUAAAACCUACGCAAGAAAGUAAUCGCGCAGUUGUAAUUCCUAUAGAUUUUGAGGAAUGCAAUCCAUACUGCUCGACAAAAUCCUCUAAUGCCAAAAAGCCUAAGUCUUCAAUUCGAAACUGGAAAAGUUUAAAGUUUAGAUUCUGCGAGGCAUUCUUAUACUGUAUUUUGCUGUGGAUUCCAAUGAUUGUAAUUGGCUAUUUCCUCUACGUAUAUAUAAUACAAAAUAUACUAAAACCCAGUUUCACAGUACCUUUAAAGUUAAAUAAAACUAACAGGUUGAUUCCAAUUAAAAAUUCAUCUAGAUUAUACUUGAAGGUGUCGGAUUUAGGAUUUUAA